UGGUUCUCUUCCAAAACAGGACUUUUAUUUCUAUGUUAUGGUCUCUCACUAAAUAAAUGGCAUUUUUCUACUAAUUGAGAAAAGGACUCGGCCAGAGUAAUCGCAUAGAGCAAAGGCUUGUGUAGGUAAAUUCUCUUUUGGGUUCUUAUUAGUUUUCUCUUUAUAUAUAGAUUUGGUAUCCACACAGGGUCUUGAUUACAUUUUUGUGUGAGAGUAUUUUACUUGGGUAAAAGAUUUAAGAGUGAAGAAGAUGAGUAGAACUGGUGAGGAUUCAGAAAAUGAAAGCGUGUCUCUUGAUCUUCUCAAGCAAAAAAUGGCUGAUUUUGCCGAAGAAAGAGACUGGGAACAGUAUCAUAGUCCCAGAAACCUCCUUUUGGCUAUGGUGGGUGAAGUAGGAGAACUCUCAGAGAUAUUCCAAUGGAAAGGAGAGGUUCCAAAGGGAUUGCCUGGGUGGAAAGAAGAGGAAAAAGUACACCUUGGAGAAGAGCUUUCAGAUGUGUUGCUUUAUCUAAUUAGGCUUUCUGAUAUGUGUGGUGUUGAUCUUGGCAAAGCUGCCCUUCGUAAGAUUGGUCUUAAUGCCAUUAAGUACCCUGCCCCCAAGAAAAAGCCCAAACCUAAUCAUGACCAUGGCACUAAUAAUAAUGACUCCUCCUUAGAUUAGUUAUUAUUAGCACUGCUUCUAUAAACACAUAUGAUGGUUUUGUACACAUAUAUUAUGUGUGUUCAUUCCAUCAUUUUUAAAUUUUAUGUUGGUGAUAAUUGCUAUUGUGACUGUAGCCAUCGUGCUUUUUUUGGUUUGGUUUGGUUUGAGAUUAAUGUUUGUUUUUUUA